GAACAGAAUAAGCGACAAACCCGUUUGUAUAAAUGCACGGAGACAUCGGUGUGAUGGUACACUGAUGACAGAGAGAACGUGGAUGACAGACGUUGAAACAUAAAUGUCAGGUGUCACACAGCAGGUGCUAUAUAUAGGUGUGUGGUCGUUGUUAAGGCUUACAGGUGUAUGGAAACACGUGGAAUUAGAUUUUAUACAGUGAAAGAUUUUGACUCGUCCUCACAUCAGGCGGACAUAUGUGAAGUGUUCCCUCACCAUCAAAUGUACUCGUGACCCCCAGAGCCCCUCGAUUCUACUUCUCUCGGGACGUCUUGUGCAGUAACGAACCCAAUGCUGUGCUGAACAUGUGCUGUACGCGAGAACAGUUUCGUCUCCGUAAGUUCGGACUGGACUAUCAGCAACCCAAAGACUUCGUCACUUUACAGGCAGGAAGUCAAGUCCAUUACUUAGUAUGGACGUCAUUCUGGACAAUGUUUCAUCUCAUCUGGUGUGCGUAUGAUACCUACUUUUAUAACGCCACAUGGGACGUGCAUCCCGCCUCAUGGCUGGUCUACCUCACCAACUGGUCCUACACACUCAUCACAGUCCAUUCCUUCAUCGACUUUCUCACCGCAAGCUAUAUCUAUUUUUAUAAAGAUGGAAAAACAGAGAAAGAAAUGCCAUGGUACAUGAAAGUGAACUGGGUAAUCUUCAAUAUCAUGAACACAUCGGCAGUAAUACUAACAAUUACGUACUGGGUUCUUCUGGCAAAAUCAUUUGCAGCCACGUCUAUCAACAAACACGGUCUCAACGCCGUCUACGUCAUAUUGUGUGUUUGUUUAACGGCAAAACCAGUCAAAUUUCAGCAUUUUUAUCAACCUGUUAUUUACAAUCUAAUCUAUAUCAUAUUCUGCACUAUAUAUCAGAUAGCAUCUGGUCACGUGGUUUAUUCAUUUUUAAAUUGGAGUGAACGACCGGUGUCAUCGUUGCUUCUUUCAUUAAGUUAUGUGUUUUUAUGCUGUCCAGUCGUACAUUUGAUGUUUUACGGACUGUAUCGUCUGCGUCUGCGCGUGGCCAGGAGUUGUGUGAGAUCAUCUGAACAACCUUCGUUACCAGGAGAACCGGAAGUGGAAAUGGGGAUGUUAACGAAGGAUGAAGAGGCGGAUAUUCGUCCGAGUGAUGGCGUUCUUCUGUCGAACGGACACCACAAAGCUAUUUUCAGUUCGACAAAAGAAAAAGCCUGAUUGUGUGCAGAUCAGUCAAAUAUUAUUAUGCAAUGAAGUUUAAAGUAUUGUGUGAUAUUCAAGUUAAACAACGAUUGUUAUGUUGAAUAGUGCUAACAAAAUAUUUAUAAUGCAUGUUUGCAGUGUAAGCCAUGUAAGUAUACUACUAUCGCGAACAACACAUAUUGACCGCCAAUAUAUAGUUAACGUGCAUUGUAAAAAACAGUCUCAUCAUUCAGGGUUCCACAUAAAUACCUUAUAUACAUGACCUGAUUUAGAUCUAGCUUAGAUUUAGAGCUGUGUGCUUUCCGCAAUUAUGUAUCGUGUAUUGAGAGGAGUUUAAACGCUCCCGGUAAAAUAACAUCUUUGAACAUUAUACCUUAUUUGUACAUCUUCAUGCUUUAUUGUCGACUUGAACAUAAGAUUUGAAAAUAUAUGUUACUUUGAUAUGAAAUAAAAUAAAUAUCAGCAUUGUCA